AUUUCUGGGCGAUGGAUAGUACUACUACUGCUGGUGCCCCCUCGCAGCUGAUGUCCGCCGCCACAGCUGCUCCGUUAUUUGUCUUGCAGCUACAGGAAAAUGAUCAAAAUAAGACUCAAGGGCUUCGGCGUUCCGACGAUUAUAAUUCCGAUAAUGGUCCUCGUCCUGGAGCCAGCUCCAGCACGAGAACAUCUGACACCUCAACCACAGUGGCCUUCCGCACUUACUCGAGAAGCAUCUUCGAGCAAAUCCACACCGUGGUGGAGCUAUGCAUUGCCAAAGUAUCAUACUCGUAUGAUAAGUUGCAGCGAUGCAUGACAAAUCUAAGUCCUUAACUUUUCCAGCAUGACAAAUUGCAUAUUUUCUUCUUGCAAAAAAAAUUUAUUGUGAUGCAACUUAUACUAGUACGAUACUCCUGCAAUGCAUAGAAGCAAAUGGUCCAGGCUUUCGACAAGACUUACAAGACCGUCAAGCACCAGGCGCUCCGGUUCCGCGGGUACUGUUUGGGCAUUUCCCUGCUCUUCUUCAGUUUCUUCGUGAACCAUAUGCAUUGCAAAAGUAUCGCACUCGUAUAAAUGCAUUGCAAAUGUCCUCAGCAUGAGAAAUAAAAUCUGCACUGCGGAUUUACCUUGAGAAAAAACUUUGUAAUGCAUGAUUGCAAUUACUACGAGCACGAUACUUCUGCACAGGAUAAACCACUUGGAGCUACCGUUCGUGCUCCGGCACCACCCCGUCGGGGACCAAGUGUUGAAAUACGCGCAGCGACUGUCCUUCGUCUGGAACUUGGCCAUCGGGAUCGGCUUGGCCCAGGUGAAAAAGAACCCGAACCUGUUACUCCCGACCAGCUGGGUCUUUUGCCGGCUGUACCUGAUUGUCGCGCUUUUUUUCGCUUUGGGGACCAAUUUACGGCGGCUGCAGAUUUACCUCUUCAUGUCCAUCGCGAACCUGUCCAAGUGGUUUCUAGUCCAUAUGACGCGAUCCGCUGUUACAAUGUCAAAUACAAACGUUACUACAAUAGAGUCAGUCUGGAACAAUAAUCUGUCUUGUGUGAUCAGCAUGACAGAGUGUAGCUCUACCGCUUGUAUUUGCAAUAAAAGUUUCUCCAGAUUGAUUAUCAUGCGGUUUGGGACUCCAGAAGAACUUGUCUGUCAUGCGUACUAUUCCUGUCAGAGUAGGCCAGAUCUUCGUGCACUUUUUGCGUCACAGAUUUUCAUAGCUAUUGCAACGUUUGAGAAUUACAAUUAUGUGAUUGUAUUUGUAACAGGUGAGCAGGUUAUAGUCCAGUACGAGAAGCGGACGGGCACGAGGGUGGUGGACGUCAGAAUACCGAACUUUGAAGAACUAUGGGGGUGUCAGGAUCGAAAUCCGCAAAACUGAAAUAAUCUGUAAUCGUAAUGCAAAAGAGCGAUACCAGCUGGAGCCCAGUUCGUUAGUGGCACAUGACAAAUUUUGGCAGCACGGAAAUCCAAUUUGUCAUGCUGUUUGAGCAGAGAAGACUAGACUGCUUUUCUCAUGCUAUUUUAGCAGCUCUAUCUCACACCCCAAAGAGGGUUAUAAUCGGCCUCAGAUGCCUGCUCUGCAAGACAGGCACCUUGCGUCUAGCAUUUCAUGCAUCACAUCAAACUAUAAUUUCAACUUUGACGAUUUCAAUCCUGACACUCCCAUAAGAACAGUUUUUUGACGAGGAAGAUGUAGCCGCGAGUGACCUUCUUUUCGAGGAAGAAGUUGUAGAAACUGGUUUUACGAGAAAUCCGCUUUACCCGACGAGCAAGGAAGCAGUUUCGCAGAGUCUGCAACAACCACUGCUCUCGCUAUCAAAGCCGUACGACGCGGGAAGGAUUUUUGAAGAUGUCGCGAGCAAAAGAUCGAUGGUGCAAGGUGAACAGGAGCCACGACCAGAAGGUGUACCACAUGAAAUAUUAAGACCACGAGGAGCUGGACGAUCAAUAGCCGCUCCUUCUUCAGUAGCACCAGCAGCUGCUCAGGGGGAGCUGCCGGGCAUCAUGAGUAGUACAACUAACACAUCUUCAGACCAACUUGUGCUUGUUCCUACUUUCGCAGGAGAGCACCGACCUGGUCUGAGUAGAGACCCGCGAGUACGAGGGUCUGGCGAAGUAGUCGAUCGCGACACGACGACCAGGGACAGGAUUUUUAUAGACCCGAGCAGGAACACGAACAACUACAACAAGAACAAAUGGGCCACCAGCACCUCCUCCUGCUCCUCCGAGGGAGCUCCUGCAGAAGCAGAGCCCCCGCUUGUUCCGAAUGAAGAUCGGAACAUCAGGAACAGCUUUGGAGAUCGUGACCACGACACGACCCUGCGGUCUACUUCCUCCUCACUCGUGUUGCAGCGCGGGCCGUCGUUAUCGUCGUCUCGAUUGACUGACCCGGUGGUCGUCGGAGAAAAUGACAUGAUGAGCAGUGCUGUCACUGUAGUGGUCGAGAACAAUAGCGAAGAUGGCCUGUUUACAGCACCAGAACCCACCUCCGCAACGGGUGGACCGCCGCGCAGGAGCACGACAGUAAAAAACCUCACACAUGAUCGUGAUUCAAAGC